AUGUCUAAAAAUAGUUCUAGAAUAGCUAAAUUAUUAAGCAAAAUUGUUUGCUGUAGAUUGGCAUACGAGUUAUAUAUAUAUGGCCCAAAUAAGUUAGUGACAGAAUUAUGUAGAGGUACAGCGGCUUUAAAGGUUGGCCAUGGCCGCGCCUUGCCGCCUGUCAAGUUUCCACGUGAUUACAUAACUUCCGAUGUGGCGCUGACAGCGGCUACCCCGUUUCCUUUUGUCACUGUGCCACAAGCGCGAAAAAUGUUCUCAUCCCUUUUGGAGUCGGCGCGCAAUUCGCCGUUCCGCGGCCCACUAUCCACAGUCAACUGCGAGCCAGCCAUCGCUUCCACAGAGGGUGCAAUGGCUGCCGCUACAGCAGUACCCCAAGAGGACUCUUGUGAAUUCGGCUCGCCCAAAUACUUCGCGCUCUGCGGGUUGGGUGGUGUCCUAUCUUGUGGUAUCACACACACGGCGGUGGUGCCCCUCGACUUGGUCAAAUGUCGUCUCCAGGUCGACCCAGACAAGUACAAGAAUGUCGUUAACGGCUUCAAGGUCUCUGUGCGCGAGGAGGGCAUGCGGGGACUCGCCAAGGGAUGGGCUCCCACCUUCAUCGGUUACUCCAUGCAGGGUCUCUGCAAGUUCGGUUUCUACGAAGUCUUCAAAGUGCUGUACUCAGGUCUGCUAGAUGAGGAAUCCGCGUAUACCUACAGAACUGGUGUCUACUUGGCAGCAUCAGCGUCCGCUGAAUUCAUCGCUGACAUCGCCCUCUCGCCCAUGGAGGCUGCCAAGGUCCGAAUCCAAACUAUGCCCGGUUUCGCCUCCACCCUCCGCGAAGCGUGGCCCAAGAUGGUCCAGAACGAGGGCUACGGCACCUUCUACAAGGGCCUCGUGCCCCUGUGGGGCAGACAGAUCCCCUACACCAUGAUGAAGUUCGCCUGCUUCGAGAAGACCCUAGAGCUCUUGUACAAGUUCGUAGUACCCAAGCCACGUGACCAGUGCUCGAAGGGCGAACAGCUGGUGGUAACCUUCGCAGCCGGUUACAUCGCUGGUGUGUUCUGCGCUAUCGUCUCCCACCCAGCUGACACCGUCGUCUCCAAAUUGAACCAGGACAAGACAGCGACAGUGGGCUCAAUCAUCGGCAAACUUGGAAUGGCCGGAGUAUGGAAGGGUCUUGGACCUAGGAUCGUCAUGAUCGGUACAUUGACUGCCCUUCAGUGGUUCAUCUAUGACGCUGUUAAGGUGUGGUUGAGGAUGCCCCGACCACCACCAGCCGAGAUGCCAGAAUCGAUGCGCAAGCGGCUCGAAGCCGAAGAGGCCGCUAAAUCUAAGUAA